UAAUCUGGGUGAAUACGGAAGACAGUGCCGGUGAGGUGAGGUGCAGUGCAGUUCGACUUUCCCGGUGUUUCGCUGUCUUCUCUGUCAACAUGUGGAUCGCGGUCGUUGUCAUCUGUGUAGCUUUGGUCGCUUUUGUAUUCAAGUAUGUCUUCGGUAGCUCGGGACCGAAUCCUUUUGAGAAGGACACACGUGAACCGCUGAAGAAGAUGAUCUUCGACAAGAAAGAGAAAAAUAAAGUCCUGAAACAAGGCUUCCUGGCCAGUCGAGUUCCUGACAACCUGGAUGCCAUCAUCAUUGGUAGUGGGAUUGGUGGUCUCGGCCUUGCUGUGCUUUUGGCCAGAGUUGGAAAGAAAGUUCUUGUCCUGGAGCAGCAUGACCGGGCUGGAGGAUGCUGUCACACAUUCACAGAGAAGGGUUUUGAAUUUGAUGUUGGGAUCCACUACAUUGGCAACCUUCUGGACCACAAGCCCUUUCGCUGCAUGUUGGACCAGUUGACUAAUGGGCAGCUACAGUGGGAGCCUCUGGAUAAUCCCUUUGACCAAGUCGUUCUGGGACCUCCAGAAAACCGACGCCUUUAUCCCAUUUACAGCGGCAGGACCCGUUUCGCAGAGGAGUUGAAGAAGUGUUUCCCUGGGGAGGAGAAGGCCAUUGACGAGUAUGUCAGGCUGGCCAAGAAAGCUUCACGGGGCAUUUGGCUCUUGGCUCUCCUGAAGAUGUGCCCCGCCCCCUUUGCCCGACUGCUGGUCUCCACUGGUCUGGCCAAACGUUUCUCCUUUUUCUUUAAGAUGGGAUCAUGCAGCUUGACAGAAGUAGUGAAUGGACUGACAGAGAACAAAGACCUGCGGGCAGUUUUCUCCUACAUCUUUGGAACCUACGGUAAUAUGCCCAAAGAUGCCAGCUUUUCCAUGCACAGCCUGCUGGUUGUUCACUACCUGUAUGGUGCCUGGUAUCCAAAAGGCGGAGCCAGUGAAAUUGCGUAUCACAUGAUCCCCAUCGUCGAGAAGUCUGGUGGUGCUGUCCUGGUUCGAGCUCCAGUGAACAGAAUCCUGUUCAAUGAUGCCAAAGAAGCGUGUGGUGUGAGUGUCAUGAAAGGUCAGGAGGAAGUCCAUGUUCAUGCUCCCAUGGUCAUCUCCAACGCUGGGAUCUUUAACACUUACCAAACCCUGCUGCCCAAAGAGCUCCAGGCCAUGCCCGAAAUUCAGCAGCAACUCAGUAUGGUGAAGAACGGUGAAGGUGGCCUGAGUGUGUUUGUGGGUCUGAAUGGGACCAAGGAGGAGCUGGGCCUCAAAGCAGACAACUACUGGAUCUUUGCUGAAAACAACUUGGAUGAACUGACGACAAAGUACUUAUACGGAGAUCGGGAAGAGUCCGCCAGGAAGAUACCUAUUCUGUUUGUUGCCUCUCCUUCAGCCAAAGAUCCAACCUGGGCAGAAAGAUCACCAGGAAAGUCCACUUUGAGCUUGGUCAGCUUUGCCAACUACAAGUGGUUUGAGGAGUGGAAGGAUGACAAAGCGACAAACAGAGGAGCAGAGUACAAAGAGCUAAAGCAGGCUUUCAUCGACUGUGCUCUGGACAUCGUCUUGGAUGUCUUCCCUAAAAUAACACGGGACAAGAUUGAAUACAUUGACGCCGGAACCCCAAUCACAAAUACUUAUUACAUUGGAGCCCCGAAAGGUGAAAUCUAUGGGGCAGAUCAUGGCAUCGCCCGCUUUAGCCCUGAACUCAGCGCUACCGUGAGACCCCAGACACCCCUGAAGAAUCUGUAUCUGACAGGACAGGAUGUCUUUGUUUGUGGUUUUGCUGGAGCUCUGUCUGGAGCUAUCACCUGUGGCUCUGUCAUUCUCAACCGCAACCUUCAUCUGGAUGCCAUUGGCUUGGCAAAGAGAAUAAAAUCCGUGAGCAACAAAUAUAAAGAGGAAUAAAUGUCUAACGCUGCUGACUGCUAAAUUACACAUCUGCACACAGCUGGUUUUUUUCUUGUCUCAAAAUAACAAAGAAACCAUUUAAGUGCUUUACUGCAAAGACUGUUAAAAUAAAACAUACAGCUUUUGACUGAUUACAAACUUACAUCAGUAUUCUAUUUGUUAUUAUAAAUGGAAUGUUUGAUGUCUUUCAGUAACACUUAGUACAUGCAAGUACUUGUUAAUCAUUCACAGAACAGUUGUGUGGUGUUGUCUACUUUGCUUUAUAAUUACCUCACUUGUAGCCAUUGCUUUAUGUAAAGUUAAGAAUACUCUUCUAACCAAAUAGUUGAUGGCGAAAACAAUAAAGUGGAUAAUAAAUGUAA